AUGGAGAAACCUACUGCUACACCAAACAACUACAGCCACCCUCAGCAGGGCUACUACGCCGAGCAGGGUCAGCAACAUCCUGAGCAGGUUCAUUAUCCUGAGCAGACCCAGCAACAACAACCGCCCCAAUACGAGAACCACAACAUGGGCAGCUCCCCUCUUGCUCAACCACCUCUUACACACCAACAUGAUCAGCAAGAUCGUAACUUCAACCCUCAUCAGCAACCGCCACAGGGUCAGCAGAAGGGCGGUUUCCCACCAACCCAACAACAAAACUACCAGAGUAUGCCGAUCCAGAAUCUGCAGAGUCAAAGUGCACCGGUAGUUUGUCCCAGUUGUGGUGUUAGAGCCAUGACUGUCACAAAGGCUGAGUCUGGCGGAAUGACGCAUGCUAUUGCUGCAGGUGUUUGUUUCUUUACCUGUCUGGGAUGCAUUCCUUACUGCAUCUCUUCUCUUAAGGACGUUCAUCAUCAAUGUGGAAAUUGUAACAUGCCACUUGCCGAUUACCACCGAAGUGGUCGAACAGAAGUACGCUGCUUCCAGAAGUAA